AUGAUGGAUGCAACAGACUCCAGUGACCCGUACAGCCGCCCGGCGCGCAGGACGCAAUGGAUAGUCAGCACCCUGGCUUACCACUACGGACUGGACCGGGGAGUGGAGAACGAGAUCAUAGUGCUGGCCACCGGCCUGGAUCAGUACCUGCAGGAGAUCUUCCAUCACAUGGACUACCAGGGGGCAGGCAGGAUCCCCGUGGAGGACUUCAACAUCCUGUGUGAGCUCCUGGGACUGAACAAAGACUCGGAGGACUCGGAGUGCGCCGGAGCUUUGGAUAGUUUACCCAACGAGCUCACCUUCAGGCACUUCCACGCCAAACUGUGCGGACACUUCAGCACCAAGGCCGGGUGUCUCUACGAGAACGGCCGGCUGCUGGUGGGGAAGGACAGCGAGCAUAUCGAGACUCAGAUCCGCCUCAGGAGCCCCCUGAAGCGGCAGAAGCAGCUGCUGUGUGUGGGUGCGAGCGGCGGCUCCUGUCCCUCCGAGGAGGGGCGGCACGCCUCCGGCUGCAGGGUCGGCUCCUGCACCAAGGAGUGCUACGAGGAGAUAGUAGCUCUGGAGGAGGCCGAGGACCGGAUUAGCAAACUGGAGGACGAGAAUGCAAGUUUGAGGGAGCUGAUCGAGGACAUGAGAGCUGCACUUCAGAGCAGUGAUGCCCGCUGCUUGGCCCUGCAGGUAGGACUAUGGAAGAGUCACUCCAAACACAAACCAGAGGACGGCUGCUUUGUUGCCAGCCAGAAACAAGUUGCCCUUGCGAGCAACUGCAACCUGAAAAGUAGCACCUACAGCAACCUUAAGAGCCUGCAGAACAUCAUCCACGAGAUCGAACUGCUGCAGACCUCCAGAGACCGACAGGCUGAGGAAGCCCUGUUGUGUAAUGACAGACUGGAGCAGGAGCUGUGGAGCUCCAAAGAGACUGUAGCCGCUCUGGAGGACUGCAACCGAGCUCUGAAGAGGGAGCAGGUGGGCAUGAGGCGGAAGGUGGAGGAGGCCAGGCAGGCGCUUCUCAGUGGACUGGGUAAAGUGAAGGAACUGGAGGCCAAGGCCAAUCACGUGCCAGUGCUGCAGAGACACAUCCUCCAGCUGGAGUCAGAGCUCCUCUACUACAGGUCAGAGGUGUCAAAACUACAACUCCCAGGCUGCACCGGGGGAGAGCAGCAGCUGAGUGUUGGCAGCAGCAGGCCGGGCCAGAGAUGCUGCCCGGAUUCGCAACAUGACCGCUGUUCCCCAACAGGGCGUGCUGUGACGACGCCUGACAAAAUGGAGGAGCAGCUGUUUCGAUCGGUGGAGGGCCAGGCCGCCUCUGACGAGGAAGAGGACAAGUGGAGCAGGGAUCAGCAGAAGCAGGUGGACGAGGUGAAGCGGAUCUUGACCAGGCUGUCCUGCUGUGGAGACAGGUGCGACGACAAGGCAUUCAAGAAGCUGCUGUCCAACUUCGGGAGCUCGAGGAGUGAGGAGAGCUGCAGUGCUGUGCUGGAGCUGCUGGAGAGGGUGACCAGGCUGCACAAGCAGCUGGAGCAGAAGGAGAGCCAGGCCGAGAUAGACAUGGACCAGAUGAAGGAUUCUUUGGUCCAGGAGCUCCAGCAGAAGGCAGAGGAGACCGAGCUGCUUCAGAUGGAGCUGCAAAUGUUGGAGACAGAGAGGGUUCGUCUGUCACUGGUGGAGGAGAAACUCGUGGACAUUCUGCAGCUCCUCCAGCAGCUCAGAGACCUGAACGUCUCGCGAAGGUCCCUCGGGAAAAUCUUGCUCAGCACUUUGGAGUCUUGCAGCGACCCACAACACGGGAAAGCCCACAUUCUGGAGGUGCUCAACGCUCUCUACCAUGAACUAGCUGCCUGUGAGAUUCUGUCCACUGCUGGACCUCUGCAGCGAACACAGAGUCAGCAGUCUCUGAACGCUCUCAUCAUCUCCUGCUAG